AUGAGUGAUCAAAUCUGCAUCAAGGAGGGAUGGCUUCAGAAACGCAGUCGACGAGGAAAACUCGUUGGUAACUGGCGUCGGCGCUACUUCCGCUUGACAAGCACCGAGUUGUCUUACUCCAAAUCGCCACAAGACGCAGCUCCACGUCGUCGCUACCAACUGACACUGGACUCGAGUGUACUUGGCACGAAUGACCAAGGUUACAGUAAUUGUAUCGCUUUCCAAGCGGCGCCAGGUCAGGCGAGUUUCUAUAUGCAGGCUGACACUGAAGGAGAAAAGGACGAAUGGAUCACAGCCAUCUAUAACGCUUACCGUCGCACCCCGGACGUAGCUCCACAACCCCCCGCUGCUGAGCUGCCUAAACCCGCAGCAGAGCCAUCGCCAAUGCCAAAGCCUCCACCACCACCUCCACGUCCUGCUCCGCCCUCCCGAAUUUUUCUUAAACUGGUAGUGGAGGAGGCUCGGAAGCUUAAAGCUGCCGACAUGAACGGGAAGAGUGAUCCGUACUGUAUUGUGAAGCUCAUUGGUAAAGAUGGAAAGCCCAUCGACGUUGAGGAAAAACGCACAGACGUCAUCUCCUCAACGCUCGAGCCAGUAUGGAAAGCUUCCUUUGAGCUUGGUAGAGUUGUUGACAUGAACACGGUCAAGCUCGUUCGAUUCGUCUUGAAAGACCACGACACCUUCCAGCGACACGACAGCUUGGGGUCAGUCGACGUUCCUUUCUCGAGGUUCCGCAUGUCACCAACUAGUCCAGCGCAAUCCGAGCUGAUCGAUGAAUGGUUUCGCGUAGAGCCACCCAUUUCGGGGCCCAAUCUGGUGGAUUUCUUUCACAACGUAGAGCUGGACUUCGUACCGACGAGUCCGGUGGCCACAGCGAGCGACGAACACACUGACGACCGCUUAGAGGUGACGGUUCUAGCAGCUAGAAAUCUCAUCAGUGACUCGUCCGAUCCGUACUAUGAACUUACGUUGCUGGAUGACCAGGGGAAGCCCAUACCGGGUGAGUUUGCCACGACUGCCACUAUGCAUCGUACGCGGAACCCGGCGUGGACCAAUGAACAUCACGUGUUUGGCUUGAUCUCUCACAUUGAGACGGCAGCGAGCCUCAAAGUGCGCGUGCUUGACCAUGACAAGACCCACCGGAACGAUCCUCUUGGGUUUGUUCUCAUCGGUCUUGACCAACUAUCUGCUCAUAAGUGGACGGAGUGGCACACACUACAGCCUGAGCAAGACAUGCCAACAAGCGACAACUUUGGCGAGAUCCAACUCAAGAUCUGGCUCAUCGGUGAGAGGCGUGGUGAACAUGCGCGUCGACUGAAAAUCGACCAGGAGCUUCACUUGAAAGCGCACAGUCAGUCCGUCGAACAGCUUGAGUAUGAGAACGCCCAGAUUGACAUGUAUGACGCGGCUUGUAAGCUGGAUGGAGCGCGCAUUCCGUGUGCUGUGGCUGACUACCAGGCCCGCGACCCGCGCUUCUAUGGUAUUAACGGGUGUAUCCACUACCUAAACACUCAGAUCCCACGAGCGUAUCAAGAGAAAACGUCGAGUGAGGAAAGCUUUCAAGCACGUACGGGACUGGAAGGACAGGCAUUACUCGAGGUGACGGUACUGCAGACAUCUGAACUAAAGUCGAACCAUAAGCAGACUGACAGUGCUGCUACUCCGUACGCGGUGAUUGAGCUGGAUCCAUCCGUGUGUGUCGAGGAGUGCAAGCGUACAAGCGCUUUGUUGUCUCCCCAGAAGAGCAAACGAAGCGCAGGUAAAGCACGCAAUACGAUCUUCUCAAAGCGUACGCAAGCAGAAGUAUCAACGCACCGAACUAAGCUGGCGAAUAACGAAAUCCGCUCGGAUAAUUCUGUGGAAACGAGCCCUGAUAAGCCAGUUUUGAAGGUGGAGAUUCUUACGGGGCAUGCACUUAGUCCUGCCGAUAUGAAUGGCUACAGCGACCCGUACUGCACGCUAUACAUCACGGAUCGUAGCACUGGAAAGGCUAUCAAAGCCGAGAAGAAGCGCACCGCUGUAAUGUCGAAGACACUGAAUCCUGUCUGGACGAACGAGAGCUUCAUAUUGGGCAACGUAAGUGAGAGCUCCAUGUUGUUUGUGAUAGAAACGUAG